AGGGCCUUUUUCCCUCCAUCCCUCCCUCAACCUGCCUUCUCCCUGGCGGACUUCGCCGGGAGCCACACUUCGCAUUCUCUCUCUCUCUCUCUCUCUCCCCCCCCGCCCCCUGCUCUCUCGUUCGCUCCCUGGUUCGCGAAGAAACUCAGGAUUUGCGUCGAGUAACGAUGAUGGAGUGCAACAAAGAAGAGGCUAUCAGAGCAAAAGACAUUGCAGAGAAGAAGAUGCAAAAUAAGGACUUUUUGGGGGCUCGAAAGAUUGCACUUAGGGCCCAGCAACUCCACCCUGAGCUCGAAAACAUUUCUCAGUUGAUCACAGUUUGUGAUGUGCACUGCUCUGCUGAGAAUAAUGGAAAUGAAAAGGAUUGGUAUGGUAUCCUCAAAGUUGAACCAACAGCAGACGAGGCAUUGGUCAAGAAGCAAUACAGGAAGUUUGCUCUCUUACUUCAUCCAGAUAAGAAUAAGUUUCCUGGCGCAUCAGAUGCCUUCAAGUUGAUUGGGGAAGCUCAGGGAGUGCUUUUGGAUCGUGGGAAACGGAUGCAAUAUGAUAGAAGCAAAGCUACAAGACGUGCAGCACCAAAUUGGGCUACACAACCUGGAAGCAGUAACUUUAAUUUUGGGAAACAGCCACCUUGGCAACAAAACCAUUUUGCAAGCAAGGCUAGUUCACCAUUCAUGGCUUUCAAUUCACAAUACCAGCAGCCAGCCAGGCAGACUCAGCAAAGGUCUUCUAAUGACCGAAUGACUUUUUGGACUGUCUGUCCUUUCUGUUCUACGAAGUACCAAUUUUAUAGAGAGUUGGUCAACAGACUUCUGUCGUGUGACCGUUGUAAAAGGCCCUUCACUGCCUACGAGAUUAGCCCUCCAGUUCCUGGAACCAACCGGUUUCCGUUUACAUUCUCCCAAACAAAGGAGGUUCCAAAUCAGGGUGAUUUUAAGGCAAACGUGCAAGGUGCUUCAGCAAACCCUGCGAGCAAAGUGGGAUCUCAGGGAAAUAUUAUAAGUGAGAAUCACAGCAGAACUACUGAGAUUGCUAGGGAGUCAAAACCAAAUGAAAAACGGGGCAAUGUUGAUGCAAAAAUUAAUAAAGAAGGUGGGUUUAGGGAAUCUAAGUCCUCAGGAAAAAUUAAUGGUAAGAGAAAGAAGCAGGCAGCCGAAUCAAGUGAAAGUAGCUGUGAUACUGAAAGUAGCAGUGACCCUGAGGAAGACAUUCUUACUGAAGAGAAUAGCAAUGUUGCAGCUAAACAGAAUUUUGUAAGUUAUGGAGGGUACCCUCGGAGAUCAACUCGGUCUAAACAACAUGUUUCUUAUAGUGAAAACUUAAGUGAGGAAGAUGAACUUGGGGGCCCUUUGAAGAGAGCGAAGUGCAAUGGUUCAUAUCAUGACACUGAAGUUCCAGUGUCAAAAAAAGAGGCAGCUGAGCAAAGUACCAUUAAGGAGGGGAGAAUACAAAAUGUGAAAGAAGAAAGUGAAGUGGCAAAUAAGGUUAUGAAGGAUGAUCAGGAGAGAAGUUCUAUUGGUAAUGUUAAGUCUUCAUCAAUUUCAAGUCCUAUCAAGGAAACAGAUCCAGAAGUUUAUGAAUAUCCUGAUCCAGAUUUCAAUGAUUUUGACAAGGAUAGAAGAGAAGGAUGUUUUGCGGUUGGUCAAAUCUGGGCUGUUUAUGACACUUUGGAUGCCAUGCCUAGAUUUUAUGCUCGGAUAAGGAAAGUACAUAAACCUGGGUUCAAAUUGCGGAUAACUUGGCUGGAACCAGACCCAGAUGAUGAAGAUGAAAUUAAAUGGGUUGACGAGGGGUUACCAGUUACAUGUGGUAAGUUCAAGCAUGGAAAGUCUGAAAACACUGAAGAUCAACCUAUGUUCUCACAUUUGGUCCACUGGGAAAAGGGCAGCAAAAGGGACACUUACAAGAUAUAUCCUAGAAAGGGACAAACUUGGGCCCUCUUCAAAAACUGGGAUAUAAAGUGGCAUGCAGAACCUGGCUGUGAGCGGAAGUAUGAAUUUGAGUUUGUCGAAGUCUUGUCAGACUUUACCGAGGGAAUUGGUGUUGCUGUUGCUUACCUGAGUAAGGUGAAAGGUUUCUCAUGCCUUUUCUGUCGGACAGCAAUGGAAGGAAAGGAUUCAAUUCUAUUGCAAGCAAAUCAACUACUCAGAUUUUCCCACAGGGUUCCUUCCUUUAAAAUGACUGGUGAGGAAAGGAAAAAUGUUCCUAAAGGAUCUUUCGAACUUGACCCAGCUUCUUUGUCUGCUAACCUCCCAGAGGUUACUGUUGCUGAAGAUUCUAAUAUGGAGGAUGCAAACAUACAAAUUGACGAUAUCUCUUGUUCUGAAUCUCCAACAGGCAGUGCGGAACCAGUGACCAAGUCUGAAGAAAAUACAUCUGAGUUGCAGGUGAACAAGAUAAAGGAUGUAGACGUUGGGCGCAUUUCUCCUGAAACUUCUACUAAAGACCCUGAGACCCAAUUUGCUCCUGAGCACAUGAGUUCUGACAAUUGCAGCAAAGACACUAAUUCUUCUCUGCCAUCAAUGCCGAAAUAUUUUGAAGUUCCCGAUCCAGAAUUUUACAACUUUGACGAUGACAAAUUGCCUGAGAAGUUUCAGAUUGGUCAGAUUUGGGCAUUAUACAGUGAUGAAGAUGGUUUACCAAAGUACUAUGCUCUGGUCAAGAAAAUCGAGAAUCUUCCAGAGUUUAAACUGCAUAUGACAUGGCUUGUUGCCUGCUCAAUGCCAGAGAACGCAAUUUCGUGGCUUGACAAAGAUAUGCUCAUUGGUUGUGGGAUGUUCAAGCCUCAAAAGGGAACCGCUAAAUAUACUGAAACCAGUGCCUUCUCUCAUCAGUUAAGGGUGGAACGCACAGAUAAGAAGGAUGUAUAUGCGAUCUUCCCUGGGAAAGGCGACGUUUGGGCACUAUACAGGAACUGGAAUUCUGGAAUUACAAGUUCUGAUUUGGAAACCUGUGAUUAUGACAUGGUAGAAAUCCUCGAGGUAAAUGAGUCAGCGAUAAAGGUUUUGGUUUUAGAACUGGUGGAUGGUUUUAAUUCAGUUUUCAAGGCUGAAAUGGGAGAAGGAUCAGCUCUGGUGAUUGCUCGAACAGAGCUGCUUAGGUUUUCGCAUCAAGUACCUGCUUUCCGCUUGACAGACCAGAGGGGUGGCAGCCUGAGAGGGUUCUGGGAGCUUGAUCCUGCAGCACUGCCAAUCAAACUGUUUUCUUCAACAUGAGGGGAGGAGGAGGAAUAUCGCGCCCUCUUGCAGGUUGGUGGACACCCCAGAUUGUAAGGCCUUCUGGAGGUGAUUGUUCAGUACUGAUCCGGACAUUUUGGCAAAGACUCUAAACGGAAGUAUGUAUAUUUAGAACUCAAACCCGACCCAGUUAUGAUGACAACAAUUAGGGCAUCAACUGUAUGCGUGUCAACGCAAUGGCUGGUUCGCCACGGCGGUUCUUGUCCAUGCCGGGCUGGUUUUUGCUCUUAGCCAUCUGCAUCCGACAUAAAAAAAUGGUGGCUUUCCUUCUCGUCGUUCCUUCUCUCUACACCCUUUUUGCGUUGGGUUUGAAAUGCAUCCUAGGGAAAAUUAGAUUUGACAUAAAAUAGCAACUGUUGUCUAAAACUGUAGUCAGUGAACUUUUUUAUUUGGGACUUCAUAUCUGUCGAUAACUUCUGCUAUCCUUCUCUUUGAUGUUGAUGGUACCCUGCGUUGGUUUGUAUC